AUGAUCGCCGCCGCUCUCUUGCUGCUACUCCUCUUCCUCGCCGGAAUCUUCAACCUCAAAGCUCACUUCCCUUCCAAGAAGCUCCGCGCCUGGAUCCAGUCCCUCUUCCUCCAGCUCAAAUCCGUCCCCCUUCCUCCUCCACCACCGCCGCAGUCGAUCAACGAGGAGAAGCAGCCUAAGGCCGAUCCGGUCAUGAAGGAGGCGAGAUCGGAGGAAAAUGCGGACGAGGAGAUGACGAGCGUGUUCGCGACGUUCGACAAGAACGGCGACGGGUUCAUCACGAAGCAGGAGCUGAAGGAGUCGCUGAAGAACAUCCGGAUCUUCGUGACGGAGAUGGAGGUGGAGGAGAUGGUGGUGAAGGUCGACUCCAACGGCGACGGGCUGAUCGAUUUCGAGGAGUUCAAGAUCCUCUGCCGCAACAUGGCGGCCGCCGGAGGGGGAGAGGCGGAAGCGAGGGCGUCAGAUCUGGAGGCGGAGGAAAUCAACGGCGGAGUUGGAGGAGGAGGAGAUGAAUUGAGAGAGGCGUUCGAGGUAUUCGACAGGGAUAACGACGGGCUGAUCACGGUGGAGGAGCUGGGGUCGGUGCUGUCGUCGCUGGGGUUGAAGGAAGGGAAGCGGAUGGAGGCCUGCAAGGAGAUGAUCAGGAGAGUCGAUGUGGAUGGGGACGGGAUGGUGAAUUUCGAUGAGUUCAAGACGAUGAUGAGGAACGGCGGCGGUAAGCUUCUUCCGGUGUUCUGA